UGCCGACACUCUUCAGGAAGCCAUCACCCCACUCCGAGCACAACAGCAGCUGCCGAUGCAUCUGAAAGCACUGACACCAAGUUGCAGGCAUGCCGUGCACCUCGUGCGUGUCCAACAUCGAGGGCGUAUGCCCGGCGCGCACGGCAUUGUGUCGUGUGGGCCUGCUGGCUGGCACCGCGACGGUGGAAUACGACUCCGCGACGGUGAAGCCCUGCAGCCAUCAUCGCCAGCAUCGGCAAGGUCGGCGGAUACAAAGGCCCACCAGGAAUCGCACACAUUCAGCACAAGGCAUGACGUACCUCAGCAUAAGGCGACGCUGAGAGCCCUGCCUGCCUGGUGUUCAAAUGGUGCAUGUUGAUGAUGCGUUGGGCCGUAUGGAAGUCAAGCACGAAACCGAUGCAACAGGACCCACGCAACAUAAUCAUCGCGCUGAAGGAUGCUGGGGCACGCGACACGAGGGAGCUGGAGCACGAAUCGCCACCUACAAGAGCGAGAUCCGCUUCUGCCCCAUCACCUUCAUCGUGUGCAUCACCGUGUUCGUCGCGUCGAUUACCAUCGUGGCCGCGUGUGGCCGGACUCCUGGGGAUGCGCGCAUGAUCGAUGACAUGUCGCAACACAACCUCAUUCUCACGCUGCUGGGUCUGAUCUCCUUCAUUUCCCGGUCGGCCGUUUCUCGUCUCCGCGCCGCCUCCCACAAGGACUCUGACUGGUGGUGGUGGUGGCGACCUCUUCUUUGGAGACCGGCAUUCUCCCUCUUCACCUUUGUGUCGCUCGGGCAGUACAUCGAACACCUCGCCAAAGGCAGCACCUCCAGCCUGAUGAAGGAAGGUAUAGUCAAAGGCAACCGCGUGGAGGAGUGA